GAGAGAUAGGGUUCAAAAUUGUAUUAUCUUACAAAAGAUCAGCCAAAUUUUUGUUAAUGUUUGUUGUUGAUUUUUUAAAAAUUAUGUUUUAUAUUGAUAACCUUUUAAAGAAUUGUUCUACUAAUACUUUUAUGUUGAGACAUAAAUAAAAUAAUUUUUUUUGUAGUUUUCAUUAGUUCUUUAGUAGCAUCUGAACAAAUUACUUUAUAAAAAUGUUGUAUAACAUAAAUUCUCUAUUUUUGCUUGUGUUUUUAAUACAGAGCGCCUAUAGUAUACCCUUAGAGGACUCUUACAGCACUAACGAUGCUUCCUUAAACAAACCUAAAGAAAAUCUUUUACCUCAACAAAAACUUUUACACUAUGUCGGUACAAAUUUCCUACUUUUAGCUGAAGAAUAUGCCACCAAAUAUACAGAUAUCAGUCGUGCUAUAUUAAAAGAUGAAACUUUACUAUCCGAACGCACACCCGAAGUCGAAAAGUUUAAAAAUAAAUUAAUUGAAUUUGUGGAAAAUUAUGAAAACCAAAAAAAUUUACCACAAAAUAUGAAUAUAAUGGAAAUUUUUGCCAAUACUACGGAAUACUAUUAUAAACUAACCGAAGAAGAACAUACUAUGGAGACUAGAUUAAUUUUAAAACUUUUAAAUAAAUAUAAUUAUAAAGAAAUUGAAAAAGAUAUUGCCAAAGAUUUUGAGCCGUUCAUAGAGAAUUUCGAACAGUUUUUCGAAGAGUAUGAGGGGCAUUGGAAUAAGGCGCUAAGGGAUUGGUAUACGAAAUUUAAAACUUUAAAGGAAUUUGAGCAUAAACUAGAAGCUUUUAGUGAAUUUAUGGAAUUGGUGUAAAGAAUAAAGUGUUAAUUUCAUACAAAAUUUAAAGAAAAUUCCUAAUUUCUAAAUUA